AUGAAUGAAUAUGCUAACUACGUACAGGGUAUAAUUCUACGUCACGAGGGAAAAAUUCAAGAAUCUCUUGAAUAUUUUCAAAAAUGUCACAAACUCAAUCCUAAAAGCAUCGACACAAUAAAACAAAUCUCAAAAUCAUUCCGACAAGAAAAUUCAUUUUUAGCAUUGGCAGGAGUUAACAUAUUGGAAAAUGACAUACCUAAAGCUGUAGAAGUUUAUUAUGCAGCAUUAGAAUUAUCACCCGACAGCGUGGAUUUAUCAACGUCACUCGGUUUGCUUUAUAUGAAAAUGGGAGAUAAUCAAAAAGCAUUAGAACAUUUCGGUUCUGCAUUGGCACAUAAUCCAGAUUGUAUAAAAGCUCUGAUGGGUACGGCACUCGUGAUGCAGAAUUACAGGGAAUACGAUGUUGCUUUAUCGAAAUAUAAAAUAGCAUCAGUUUCACUAGCGGAAUCUCCAUGUUUAUGGAAUAACAUCGGAAUGUGUUUUUUUGGAAAAAAAAAAUUAAUCGCAGCCAUAAGUUGUCUAAAGCGUGCCAAUUUUUUAUCACCGCUGGAUUGGAAAAUUUUAUAUAAUUUGGGUUUGGUACACAUUUCGGCACAGCAAUAUGCUUCUGCUUUUCAUUAUUUAACUUCUGCAAUGAAUUUGCAUCCAAAUAUUCACCGAGUUUAUUUACCACUGGCAAUUACUUUAACACAUUUAAACGAUGCAAAAAAUGCAAUUUUUGCUUUUGAUAAAAUGUCUGAACAUUCACCGGAUGAUCCUUUGACCUUUUUAAACUAUUCGCUAUUUUUAUACAAACAAAAUGAUUUAACAAAAUCAAUCGAUAAAUAUAAUAAAUUUCAGGAACUUGUUGAAACUGGUAAAAAUGUCGACAGCAACGUGAGUGAAAUUGAUUCGAAUGUUAUAAAAGUAGCAACGAAUUUAAUCAAAAUAUUAACAAAUGAAAAAAAUGAUGACGAAACGGAAAAGGAAAAAAAUAACAGAGAGGAAAACGACAAACAAAAGACAAACGAAAAAAAGAAUCCUUUGGGAAAAAUUCAAAAAUCGAAUCAUUUACAUAAUAAUUCAAAAGAAAAAUUAAACGACAGCGAAGAAAUUGAUAAAAAAAAUUAA